UAUCUCAACCUCCGGUGCCAAUGCUUGUUCAUCAAUCAUCAGCCUUGCCUUCAUCAGAUCAUCCUCCCCCAUGCGCCAGAUGCGUUCUCGCACUCGAGCUUCGUGAUUUUUGUUUGUUAUUGCGUGUAUCUGGAUCGCUGAUUCCUGCUCUCCUCGUCUAUAUGACUCACGUAGCCAUUCGCGUGCUGGUUCCUGGCUGACUUGUCCUAGGCUGUUGUUGUAUCGAGUCUCAAUAUGUCGAGCUCUCCCGAGUCCGCCUCUGCCGGCCCGGAGUCCUCGUCGGCACCUCCAACAGGUGCUGAUGUGGCACUCAAUGAUCGUGGGAGUGAGAGUGAUCUAUCAGAGGUCAACGAAACCAUAGCUCUACCUACUCGUAAUUCCCCAUCUUCAUCACCCUCUCCAUCUGGUCACGAAUCCUCCGAAGACGCGGAAGCAGAACUCGAUAUAAACGACCGUGGCGAAUCGAGUGCGGAUGAAGCCCACGCUUCUGAUGAUGCCGAUUACGACAUGGAGGAAAGCGCAGCCGCUUCGCAGAGUGACGAGAACCGUGACGACCGCUCAACGUCUCGCGAAUCGCGACGCGCUCCGAAACGCAAGGUGGUCGCAGAGGAAGACGAAUAUAUCCGAGAAAACCCGGAGCUAUAUGGGUUGAGGAGAAGUUCUCGCCCAACUAAACAACCCAGAAUUAUUGAGUCAGAUGAAGACGAUGAAUCCGAUUCAGAUAUUGUCCCGACAAGUCGGCGAACUAAGAAGUUACGAACGGAACACAUCUCACAGCAGUCAUCUAAACGAGGCACACCUGCGCGUCAAACUCCUGCUGGAGACUCCGACUCUGACACAUACGGUGGUGCUAAAGCCCGAUCCUUAAUUAAAAAAGCUCGCCGCCUGCAAAGUCAACCGCAGUCCACACACCUAUAUGCGGAAAAGCGCUGGUCGAAUCGUCGAGCCGCCCAAACUGUUCAGACCUACGAAGAAAGCGAUAUAGAAGACGAGGACGAGUCAGAACUUACCCCCAACUACUGGGCUGGUGGUGACUUCCCUGAAGACACAGACUAUAUUGAAAAAGUUGUCGGUCACCGGCUUAAAGACGGCGGCGAAUUGAUGAUUGAUUCUAAUAGAGACGACUUCGAAUAUCAUAUCAAGUGGCAGGGCAAGUCAUAUCUCCACAACACUUGGGACACUCUCGAAGUGCUGCGUGGAUAUCGUGGCGUUCGCAAGCUGGAAAACUACUAUAAAAGGACUGUGGAGUAUGAGAUAGAUCUGAAAUUUGCGGGAGAUGAAAUACCCCCCGAGACUCGCGAGCAAUAUAUGCUUGAUAAGGAACGCGAUCAAGAUGCUUUAGAGGACUACACGAAAGUUGAACGUGUCGUUGCGCAACGAACUGGUGAUGAGGGUCGAGAAUAUUUUAUCAAAUGGAAAGGCUUGACCUAUGAAUGCUGCACAUGGGAACUCGCCUCGACCAUACGCUCUCUUGCACAAGACAAGAUCGACCAAUUCCUUGACCGGCAGUCGCGGUCAUGGACCUCGGAGAAGAGCGAAUCGAAUCCCGUCACUCGGUCCAAGUUUCUCAAGCUUGAGAAGCAACCUCAUUACAUCAAGGGUGGUGAACUUCGGAACUUCCAGCUUACAGGCUUGAACUUCUUGUCUCUGAAUUGGUGCCGAGCUAACAACGUCAUUUUGGCCGAUGAGAUGGGUUUGGGUAAGACAGUUCAGACUGUCUCUUUUCUUAGUUGGCUACGCAACGAGCGUAAACAAGAAGGCCCAUUCCUUGUGGUCGCACCCUUGAGUGUUAUACCCGCCUGGUGCGAUACAUUCAACUUGUGGUCUCCGGAUCUCAAUUAUGUUGUCUAUUUGGGCAACGCUGAGGCCCGUAGUACAAUUCGGGAACAUGAACUCAUGUUCAAUAAAAACCCCAAGAAACACAAAUUCAAUGUCCUAGUCACUUCGUAUGAGUACAUCCUGAUGGACGCAGAGUUCUUGAGGACUAUUAAAUGGCAGGCUCUUGCUGUUGAUGAGGCCCACAGGCUCAAAAACAAAGAGGCUAAGCUAUAUGCAGAGCUGAUGAGCUUCGGCGCACCUGCCCGUGUUCUGAUUACCGGUACACCGAUACAGAAUAACCUCGCUGAGCUGUCUUCGCUUCUUGAUUUUCUCAAUCCCGGCAAGGUGCGCAUUGAUGAGGAUUUGGACACCUUGGCUGCUGCAGAUGCCCAGGCAAAGCUUCAAGAUCUUCAUGCAGCAAUUGCCCCAUUCAUCCUCCGACGGACGAAAGAAACGGUAGAAUCUGACAUCCCACCAAAGACAGAGAAGAUCAUCCGGGUCGAGCUCUCUGAUGUGCAGCUGGAAUACUACAAGAACAUCCUCACUAGAAACUAUGCAGCAUUGAACGAACACAACACGGGUCAGAAAUCAUCACUACUGAAUAUUGUCAUGGAGCUUAAGAAAGUUAGUAAUCAUCCAUACAUGUUCCCUGGUGCGGAGGAGAAGGUUUUAGCAGGAAGCACACGACGCGAAGAUCAGAUCAAAGGUCUUAUUGCGAGUAGUGGUAAGAUGAUGCUUCUUGACCAGCUCCUGGCUAAAUUGAAGCGAGAUAACCAUCGUGUUUUGAUUUUCAGCCAGAUGGUGAAGGUGCUAGAUAUUCUAGGCGACUAUCUGCGUCUUCGGGGGUAUCAGUUUCAACGACUUGACGGAACUAUCGGAGCUGGUCCUCGACGCCUUGCCAUCAAUCAUUUCAACGCUGAAGACAGCCAGGAUUUUUGUUUUCUUCUUUCAACUCGAGCUGGAGGAUUGGGAAUCAACUUGAUGACCGCUGACACAGUCAUCAUAUUCGAUUCCGACUGGAACCCACAAGCUGAUUUGCAAGCGAUGGCGCGAGCUCACAGAAUCGGACAAAAGAAGCCAGUCACCGUGUAUCGUCUCGUUUCAAAAGAAACAAUCGAAGAGGAAGUCUUGGAACGUGCUCGCAAUAAGCUACUCCUCGAGUACCUGGCAAUUCAGGCUGGUGUAACGGAUGAUGGCAAGGCUUUCAAAGAAGAAUUCAGACAGAAAGGUCUCAGGUUAGACGAAGCGAAAUCUGCAGAUGACAUUCAAUGGGUGUUGAAGAUGCGGUCUCAGAAGAUGUUUGAGCAGUCAGGGAACCAAGAACGUCUGGAACAGCUAGAUAUCGAUUCUAUCCUGGAAAAUGCGGAGGUUACCAAAACCAAGGUCGAUGACAAGAUGAACUUAAGCACUGGCGGUAUCGAUUGGGACAACUUCAUGCAGUAUACUGAUGUCAAGGUUGAUGAUCUAACAUUGGACUGGGAUCAAAUUAUACCUGCAGAACAGCUUGCCGCCAUCAAAUCUGACGAGGAGAAGAAGAAAGCGGAUGACUAUCUUGCGCGGGAGCUGGAGGCCAGCGCGCCUCGCCGUGCUGCACUCAAGAACUUGAGGACCAAUGGCGACUCUGAGAGAGCUGAGCGAAUUGCAAAGAAGCGAGAACGCGAGCAGCUGAAGCAGGAACGUCUCGAAGAACAAAGAGCCUUACUAUCUGAUCCACGGAGACCUCUUAACGAAAAAGAAAAGCGCAAUCUUAUCAGAGCUUUCAUGCGGUAUGGCUUCAUGGAAGACCGUCCCGACGAAUUAUUGCGUGAUGCACGUUUGAGUGAUCGAGAUAGGGAUUUUGUCAACAGUGUACUUGAUGAACUCAUCGGAACGGCUCGUGAUGCAAUGGACAAAAAUAAUGAUGAAAUUCGUGCACAAGAACGUCAAUCCAACAAGAAGAUGACAAAGAAAGAUAUCAAAGCUGUCAUGUUUGAUUUUGGGGACGUCAAAAAGAUUAAUGCUGAAACUAUCCUGGAGCGCGCUCCACAGUUACGACUACUUCGGAAAGUCAUCAAGGAACACGGUGACUUCAGGACUUUUCAGCUACCCGAAGCUACGAAGACGGCACACUAUAGCUGUGAAUGGACCUCGCUUGAAGAUGGAAUGCUUCUCGUUGGCAUUGAUAGAUAUGGGUUUGGUGCUUGGACUCAAAUUCGCGAGGACCGAGAAUUGGGCAUGCAGGAUAAGUUCUUUUUGGAGGAACACCGCAUCGAGAAGAAACAAGAACGAGAACAUACUGAGACUAAGGGUGCUAAAGCCCCCGGAGCUGUUCACCUAGUCCGCCGUGCUGAGUAUCUACUCUCUGUUCUUAUGUCGGUUCACUCGGAUGAUGUCAAUGCCCAGAAGACCGUCGAAAAUCAUCAUCGCAAUAACAAGAAAUCUGCUCAUGGCAUGAAUGGUCAUCGCCGCCCAGAAAAGGGUAGCUCCGUUUCGGCUUCCCCAGCGCCUCAAGGCUCUAAGAAGCUAUCACACCGAGAGCGAGAACGAGAGCGGGAUCAUGAAUCGCCUUAUUCUCGUGAUCAUCACCGCUCACGAAGUAGCUUGGGCGAAAGCUCUUUACGACCAGAUGCGAAGAGAAAGCAUAGUGGGGAGGUUGAUGAGCGCCGCCAUUUCAAGCAUCGACGUGUAGAGGAACACCGACGCAAUGACAUUAAUGAACAUCGACGGAGCGAUGCCAGUCGAUAUGAGGACGGUGAAGAGGAUGACGACGAAGAGAAGCGGAACGCACCCGUCAUUAGGACCCUGAUGCAGCCGGUUUGGAGUCACAUAGAAAGGGUUGAAGCCUGUACGAAAGCGAAAAUUCCUGUUGCCAAAACACGGGCCAAAGUGCUGAAAUCGGAGAUCACGGCUAUCGGCGACUUCAUUGAAGGCCUAAAGAGAACUUCUGGCUUGCCUGCGAAGCAGUGGGAGGAGCUCAAGCCAAAGUUAUGGAAGUUUAUUUCUAAGAGAAUACCUCACUCUGAGAAGCAAUCCUCUAACAAACCAGAAAAAGGGAGUGAGAAAUCGCCCUUACGUAAAUCCCCUCCAGAGAAGCCUGCAUCAUCUGGCGGUAUGACCGGCCCGCGGCUGGCUGCUUUGUAUCAACAACUAAAACAACAAGCUGAGGAAAGUAAAAACGGAGACACCUCCAAGAUCAAGAGUACCAGCUCCGCUGUUCCUAAUGGUGGUGUUACCCAUGGGCAGUCAUCAAAAUCCGCUGUUUGAUGGCCUUCCUGUACAUGCUCUACAAGGAGCGAAUAGGCACUACCUUUGAUUUUUCGCACACAUAAUCUUUUAUAUUGCAUAGGAUGGCGUUACGGUCUAGCAUGAUAGACUCCGAGACGUCUCGAUAGUCCCGGAUCAUGAAUCAUACCCAGCAAAAGCAUUCUACGUUAUAGGCUAAUGGAGUUCAUUCGGUUAAUAUGGUCGGGCACCUUGAGCAUUUCGGUCUUGUGUAUCGCAACCGGUACGGCCCAGUUGUCGAGUAGACCGUGGGGUUAUAUACAGGCACGCAAAGCGAACUUGAUUCACCAGCGAUUCGUUCUAUACAUGUAGAUACUACCCCCUCUAGCACAAGGUCUUGUACAACGGUCGUGCAAGGGACACACCUUGUGGUUUCUCAUAGCACAGGACGACGAAGCCAGAUAUUGACCAAGUGUCGGUAAUACCCCGCAGUUGCUUCACUGCUAUCAUCAUAUUUGGGGACUAGGUUUUGGGCCUGACAGUACUUCGCAAAAUUAUAGUAGCUUUGUUUGGCCCAAAUGAGGCAUGACUGACGCUACUAGUUGAAAAUCGCAUUCGUCUAAUCUACCUCGGUAGCUGUCAAUGAAAAAGAAACAAUAAUAAAGUCAUUAUCUUGCUCUUCGUCCUCGUGUGCUUGUGUAUGACUGCAUAGAUAGGGAAGCUAUCUGAGUAGCACGUGAUCAUCAUCGGGCACGU